UUUUGUUUUAACAUAUUUUUUGAUUUAUAAAAUCAUAGGUUACGAACGACAAGAUUAACGAACUUGAAGGAUUCUCUAAUUAGAUCAGGAAACUUGUGAAAUAAUUGCACAGGAUCACAUGAUUCAGAAAUGAACGAUAAUAACAGUGCAUCGACUGACAAUGGAAAGUAUCGACAAUUCCUCGUUGCUGUGAUCGUGAACUUGGUAUCAUUAUCAAGUGGUAUAACAUGGGGAUGGCCAUCACCGGUAAUACCAAAACUACGUUUGACUAAACCACCAGUUGGGGACGCACCAUUGAGUGAUGAGAAAAUCUCGUGGAUCGGUGGUUUGAUGGCAAUAGGUGGAUUAAUAAUCAUUCCAUUUUGCGGUACCAUUCUAGAACGUAUUGGUCACAAGAAAUUUGCUCAUUUAACUGGACUACCCAUCAUCACGUCUUGGUUGCUCAUCCUGUUCGCCAGUAAUUAUCUUUACAUUUAUUCGGCAAGAUUGCUUGGUGGCAUGGGUGCUGCGAUGACAUUGUUUAUUGUGCCAUUAUAUUUGAGCGAAAUCGCUACCGAAGAUGUUCGUGGGAUUCUUGGUAGUCUUUUGCUCUUUUCCGUUAAUAUUGGUACAUUAUUUGCUUAUAUUGUUGGUGCCACCGUGUCUUAUCGCUUAUUUGCAUGUUUGUCGCUACUUUUUUCACUUAUUUUUGUGGCGAUUUUCAAAUUCAUGCCCGAGGCGCCGAUUUAUCUUGUUCGCCAAAAUCGAUCACUGCAAGCUCACAAAUCACUAAUGUUCAUCCGAGGUAAUAACGAAGCUCUAGUAGAACAAGAAUUAAAUAAACUUCAAUCUCAAGUGGAGAUAUCGAAAAAUUCCUCUAAAAAAGGAAACAUAAGCGACUUUUUGAAAGAUCGAGCUACAAGCAAAGGUAUGAUCAUAUCCUUUGGUCUACUAGGUGGUCAACAACUCAGUGGUAUUUUCGCAAUGUUAAGUUAUGCAGAAACAAUCUUUCAACGUGCAGGCUCAUCGGUGUCAUCGGAGAUAGCGCCCAUAAUAAUUGGAGUCAUUCAGAUUUUGGGUUCGUUCGUGUCAACAUUACUGAUGGAACGUGCCGGACGACGCCCAUUAACACUCAUAUCCUGUUUUGGAAUGACGAUUAGCCAUUUCCUUGUUGGAUUAUUUUUCUAUCUGCAACAAAAGCAAUACAACGUUAGUUCAAUUUCUUGGUUACCAAUAGUCGCUUUGUCUACGUACGUUGUCACGUACUGUUUGGGCAUUGGACCUGUGCCUUUCGUCGUCACUUCUGAAGUAUUUCGUCCGAAUGUCAGUAGCUCUGCUACCACUGUAUGCUACAUCUUCUAUUGGAUAAUAUCUUUCGUUUCAAUUCAGUCGUAUAGCGUAGCUCAGCGGCUUCUUGGCGACGCUGGUUGUUUCUUUAUGCUCGCAAUAUUCUGCGCCAGUUGUUUUGUUUUUACUUACUGUAUUUUGCCUGAAACUAUGGGCCGUGACCGACAAGAUAUUAUAAAUGAACUUGCGGGGAUAGAUUCGAAUUGUGAAAAUAAAUGCAAUGAAAGCGUUAAUCUUAUGACCAGACCAGUUUAACUGUAUGUGAGAGCAAUAUUUAUACGUUCAAGAUAUAUUUUACUUUUUAAGUUCAUGAUGACUACAAUCAAUCUGAGCUAUUCUGUAAAUACAUUUUUGACUAAAUAUUAUUUUAUUAAGUAAAUAAAAAUGUUCUAACAUAAAUUGAUGUAAAUAUGAAUCGAGAAUCCACUACGUAUAAAAACGUAACUCAAUAUCAAUGUAUCUACCAUCGAAUCUCACAUUACAUGUUGAUUACUCAUUUCGUUUAUUUUUCAAGAAAAUUAUAUUUCUCCACGUGCGGCAAAAUUAGUUACGGGAAUGGGUGCCGAAACAACAGUUUUUAUAGUACCACUGUACGCAAGUGAAAUUUUUACUGAAAAUAUUCGUGGUACGUUA